UGAUGACGUCAGAAUUAUUGUGUUCUUGACAGAAAUGGCCGCUUCCAGCACGUGGAGUAACAUUGUGGAGAACUAUUUGGCCGGAGUCAACGAUUCUGCUGCCUCACAAAUUGCAAUUGGUUUAACACAUAAAGAAGUUAAUCUCCUUGAAAUAGUGCAAUGUCUUGGGUCAGCAUUAACCACUUCAGGUCUUAGUCGAAGGGCUGAUGGUACAAAGUUGCUUUGUGAUGCUCUUCAUCAAAUUCCACAAGAUUUAUUAAUUUUUGCUGAAGUGGAGUUACUCUGCACGUUUCUCUGUAAUCGUCUUGGUGAUCAUCAUUCUCUUCAACCUGCAGCCCUCCAUGGCCUCGCUGCCCUUGUACGUUGAGUAGCAUUUCCUUAACAU